AUGCAAGGCGAUGGUGGUCAAGUAGACGCAGUAAUCGAAGAUGAUGCACCCAUACAAGCGAAUUCAUUGCCAGGGACGCAGGUUGGUGAACCAAGCGAGGUUUUGCAGGAUCUUGAUUCGCCAACGCAACCCGACAGCGAGCGGUUGCUACGGAAUCCCUAUGAAGGAGGUCCUCUGAGGAGUCCGUUUAUCAAUUCCUCAUCGGGAAAUCAAGCGCACACUAACAAUGUUGUCGGGGCACGCAAUCAGAACGUGCAUGAACAAAGCGUGGGUGCAACGUCAAAUGAACAUGCUGCUGCACCAGGACCGCUGCCUACUUUGUCCGACGCCUUCGAGUCUCUUUCCAACCCAGCUUCUCAAGUGACGCAGCCGUCGUAUGAGGACAGCACCGAUCUUCCAGCUGCAAACGCGGCUGCAAUGCCGGCUGUCCACCCGUCAGUCGUAUUGACGACCCUACAACGAGCAUGGCCGUUACUCAACCUCCUCAUCAACACCCAUGAACCGCCGCAGGCCACUCCGUCGGGUACACCCGGGCAAGCAGAAGGAGAGGGUCUUUUCACUGCAGGGUCAUCGCAGCCGCUCUCACCUGUGGUCAUGUUCAAUGAAAGUAGUGAAAUACCAUAUGCUACGUUGAGAGCUCGCAUCCUUCAUGGUGUGUACGGUCAGCAUUCCGCAUUUCAUCAACCUUCGUCAGUUCCGCCUGCCAACACAUUUCAGAAUGGAACCCAUGUAAGUAUGCACGACGGAAAUUUCAAGUAGCAAACAAUAGAUAAG